AUGAAGGAUCGACUGGUCGAGCUGACUGCUAGCAGAACCUCGGCGGAGGAAGAUGUUGCAGUCUCAGUGGAUCGAGACGGUUUCAUGGAGGGCUUCUUCAGGAGGGUGGAGGAGGUUCGAGGACUCAUUGAUAGGAUACACUACCAAGUGGAAGAUGUGAAGAAGAUGCACAGCAUGAUAUUGUCUGCACCCCACCCAGAUGACAGAACAAAGGAUCAUUUAAAUGCACUGACCAAUGACAUCAAAGGGAAUGCCAACGUUGUGAGAACAAAACUCAAAUCCAUGGAGCAAAACAUACCUAAGGAUGACGCGACUAACAGAUCCUCUGUUGACUUCAGGAUCCAGAAAACACAGCACACGGUGUUGAUCAGAAAGUUUGUGGAGGUAAUGACCCAGUACAAUGAGACACAAGUUUCCUUUAGGGAACGAAGCAAAGGACGUAUCCAAAGACAACUUGAAAUAACUGGAAGAGUGACCACCAAUGAAGAACUGGAAGACAUGCUAGAGAGUGGAAUCCCUUCCAUCUUCACAUCUGAUAUAAUUUCAGACUCCAAGAUCACACGUCAGGCUGUGGACGAGAUUGAGUCACGACAUCAGGACAUUAUACAACUGGAGUCCAGCAUCAGAGAAUUACAUGCAAUGUUUAUGGACAUGGCAAUGCUGGUUGAAACUCAGGGUGAAAUGGUCAACAACAUUGAAAACAACGUUUCCAAUGCAGCUGAAUACAUUUGUCGUGCUAAAGAAGAAACCAAAAAAGCAGUAAGAUACCAGAAAAAAUCCAGACGGAAAUAUAUAAUCCUUGCCUUUGCGCUCCUGAUCCUGCUUGCUGUCAUUGCCUUGAUUGUUGGUUUGUCUGUUGGUCUAACCAAACCUCCUGCUUGA